AUGACUCUAUCUGAGCUCUGGAAUCCAUUGUUGUGGUACACAAAACAACAUCAAAGUUAUGAUGAAUUGUUUACCGAAACGAUUGGCACAUUGUUCUAUGGUGUCGGUAACUUAAAGGACUCAACCCGUCAUUUUAUAGCUAUCAUGGCAGCGACACGACAUCGUUGUUCAUACCUCAUAGAUCUUCACGAACGAGAAUUCGAACGUUAUGGUGGCGAUCCGAAAUGGUUGCGAGGUCUGAAAUACGUUGACGAUCCAAAACUACAACAUCUUGACGAUAUUAAUGUUGUGCUGGCACAUCAGCCUUGGUUGUGUAAUGGAGAGUACAUCACGGGUUUGGUGCAAGGUGAUGCACAGUCGCAUUGGUCGAUUCAUGAUUUGGCACAAGCUGUUGUGAUUCUUACACAUACACACGCUCUAUGCUCAUUUGUACAUGGUGUAGGAGCUGUGAAUCCGAGCGAAUCGCAUCGCAGUGAGUGUUCCGACUGGGCACAACGAAACAAAGAGAAUACCGGGGCACAGACUGGAGAGGUCGAGGAACUGCUUCGUCGUAUGGCAACACUUCGACGUCCAACAAUCGAUGGCGGCGAGAUGUCUGCAAAUAACGCGCUACACUUUCUCGCCUUAGCUGACGGGUCGUCUGAUGUGCAUUCUGGUGGUGAAUCACCAAUAGGAAACAGUGAUGAAGAAGCCGUGUUCAGUUAUCAGAAGGAAUUUGGUUAUGUGGAUUUUGCAGCAAGAAAAGAUCGUGCCAAGACCUUCAAAAUUCAUGAGUUCACCUGGGAUCAUGGAUUCAAUCUUCUAAACGAUCUGAUCCCGGAAACUGCCCAAAAUCUUGACGACAAAUUUGAUCUGACACAGAAACUAACAUAUUCAUUUAUGGGUGGUUACGAGAAUGUCGACACUACGGUAUAUCGUUCUGCUGUAUGGAAUUACAUUCACGCUCUUUUUGGAAUACGACAUGAUGAUUAUGAUUACGCUAAGGUAAACACAUUGCUGUCGCGUGAGAUGAAAACAUUUGUCAAAACCGCUGCGUGUUUUCCACAUCGCAUCACAGAUGAUAUGAGAGCAUCUGUCAUGAAGGAUUUUAAAAUUUCUGAAAAGAUCCACGUAAUGCUGUUGAUCACCGAAGCUCGUCUACAAGCGUCACUACUCUAUUUCACUCGAGCUCUUACUAAUCACUAUUCACAAGCAAAGAGAGCCAGUCAGCCAAAGCGUCUAGACUAAGUUGCCACGUGUCGCCGCUUGCCGCCGUAUGUCGUCGCUUGUCGCCCGACGUGGUCCCAUCACAACCUUCAAGUUGCAUACCAAGUUCACAGCCUCAUGCGUACUCAAACAUCUAAUCACAGCACAUACCGCAGGCCACGGUCUUUACCCUCCAACUUUUCGUUAGCUGAAUCAUGCAUGUGUCAAAAAUUCUACCCCGUCUCCACUAUGCGCUUCGCCCCGUCUCCCUCCUGCAUCCCCCCCCCCCCCCGAUAAACGUGUCUCGUGGCCUUUUGCUUAUCUCGUCCCUACCUGGUAUUUUCUUACCUUCACCGUGUCCUACCUUAUUUGACUUACAAUUUUUGUUGUUGAUUUUUUUGCCCAUACGGUUUACCUAGCUUUUACAGUAAGCACAUAUAUUGGAAUCACAAGUUCAAUAGUAUUAAGUUUGAAUCUUGAGUACAAUUUGCCGUCUCUGACUCUACCACUGCUAUAUCGCUGAGUCUCUUAUCAGUUCUAACACCUCUUGUACAGUACAAUCUAUUCGUAGUAUUGUUUUAGCCCGCGGUAACUAUAAUGUCGUUCAUCAUUUUAGUCCAUUUUAGUACAAAAAUCACUUUCUGCAGCUGCGGACCUUGGCGUAUAGUUUCCAAAUAGUCAAAUUGUAUUGUAGUACCCGCUAGUAAUGAAAUGGCAUUUUCAUGCUUGCUAAAGCAAAAAACUGGAAGCAUUCCGUCUUUGGGCAGCAUUCAGAGUCGCUAGUAUGCCGAAGCUGUGCCAGCUCCGUGCCAGCACCGUGUUGAAACCACGUUGACGGUCCUCGCAUUAAUCGAUCAAUGCUCCGGCGUGGCGCUAGCACUGCGCUGGAAGUGUGGCAUCAACUCUGGACGCAGUCUUAGAGGCGAUUAUCGAUCGUUCGUUUGGUCGCACCGCGUCGUUAGUGCGUUGCGGUUGCUGCUUCGCGUCCACAUAUUGGCGCAUUACUGUUACGCGUCACGCAAACAAAAUGUUUAGCGGCUAUGCGCAUGCUUGUAGUAAAACCUAGUAGUUCUGGUAAUUUUUGCAUAAUCGCCAGAAGUCCGUAACCGCAGAAAUGGUACAAAAAACAAACUUAACGGAGAAAAUUUAAAAAAUAGUCACGCUAUUUCAAGCUUCUCAUUAUGAUGAACCGACGGCAAUAUUACCUCGCAGAUCCCCUCAUUACAAUCCACGGGCUUGAUCUACCUUGUAUACCUUUUAUUUUACACAAACACCCGCUGUGCUUGUCGUAAGCGGCAUAAUUUAGCAGGCUAGCUUUGUUCGUUUUUUAUAUGCUAGAUUUUUUCUUAAAAGCGCAGUUUUUUCCUAGUCUCUCUACAGUCGUUGCGUAGCGUUUUACAAGUGCAGAAGCUAUUAGCUAUUUUUCAUAAUCGGUUCCUGUGUUUAUCAUGUAGUCGUACUCUUGCGUUUAUACCUGCGUCAUCAAUGCGGGCGACGCACAAGUUGCGCUAAGACUGCGGCACGUCUUUAGCUGUCUGCGUCUCCUCGGUCAUAUAUUCUUUCACCAGUGGACGCCAACCGCGAUUAGUCCGUCACAACGCCCUCGUGGAUGCAAUCUGUGCAUUGUUCGCAUUGGUGUUAUUUUUCUCGCUUAGCGCUGUGUAGAAUUUCAUUUUUACAAAUUCGUUCCUAUACGCUUCUUGCGCUAUUUCCACCUCUUUAUUCUAAUCGCUUCAGCGUGAUAGCAGCCUGGCAAACAAAGUAUGUGUAUUGAUCGGUCUACUACCUAUCCAUGAACCCGAAUGUCGUGUCGCAUCAUGUGUAAUCCUUCCUCACAAACCCCGUUACCUGAUUUUUUUUGCCCGCACAACAUCAAACCCCUACCAACAGGCAAUCCAUUCGAAAUGCUUAGCCCUAAUUACGGAAUAAUCUUUUCUUUGAUUACGUUUUGAUGUGUCCUCAGGGGCGUGUUACUGUUCUUGUGAUGCUCUGUUGAUAUAUAGUGUUUGAUUAUCGUCUUGCUAAUGUUGUUAACUCAGACCUUGUUUUUCUUUGAUUCUUAGAGUAAACAAUUCGCGUUUUUAUUUUGCUAAAUUGAAAAGCAAAUAAAACAUGCU